UUUGCGGACGCGCCGUGGCUCGCGCUGAAGAUGGCGGACGGAGCGGAGGCGGAGUGGAGCAGCCCGGCCGAACACGACGCCUUCUGGGCCAUGGAGAGCCUGCAGGCCACGCUGCAGCAGCUGGAGGCCGGGCUACGGCACCGCGACGUGUCCGAGGAGUCCUCCACCGAGUACUGCGAUAACUUCUGCCAGGCGCUGAUGCACUUUGCUGGGAGUCGGAACUCUGUGGAGCAUGGUCUGUCCCUGCUGGAGGUCUACUGUCUCUCCAUUAACUGUUUUGCAGCAGCGAGGCCACACCUCACUGCUGAAUCUCCCAGUGUUGCUCUUGUGCUGAAGAGACUCGCACUGAGCUGCUUUGAGCUGCUUCUCUCUGUGCCUCAGAAUGAGAUCCCAUUCGAAGCCUGGCUGCAGUUCCAUGGUUCUGUGCAGGCCGCACAUGAAGCCAUGUUGCAGUACGGGAGCAUAGACCUCCAGGCUCUUCUGCAGAUCACAGGAGAGGGCGGGGCAUGGAGUAACCCAGCACUUGUUGCCCUGCUUACCGGACAACCCACAGAUGAAGAUGAGGUGAAUGCCUACCUCGCAUUGGAGGGGGAUGACUUUUUAGAGAUGAGGAUCAAGCAUCUGGAGAAAGUUGGAGAGGUUGAGAAGGCUUUGAUUCUGACUAAAGCCUGCGGUAACUGCAGCCUUCUGCUCGGACAGGCCACCUUUCGCCAAACGUUUGUGUCACAACUAUGCCAGCUGCUGCCCAGUGAGGAGGCUAUUCUGGAGAUCUCCAGGCUGGAUGGCAAGGAUGUUCUGGACAUCAUUUGCAAUAUGGAGACGGAAGGUGAUGAGAACACAGCCUUCAUCCUUUGCACCACAUACUUGACCCAGCAGCUACAACAUGAAAACCUGUACUGCUCAUGGGAGUUGACCCUGCUUUGGAGCAAGCUGCAGAGGAGAAUUGAUGGAUCCCUUGAAUCGUUUUUAGAACGGUGCCUCCAGUUUGGGACCAUAGCAAAAACUGUAUACCAUUUGCUGUUCCUCAUCCGGGUAAUACAAACUGAGACAAUGCACUUUGGUCUGGCAGUGUCAGUUGAGCUUUGUGUCAAAGCACUUCAGCUUCCAAAACAAGAAGACCCAGAAAUCAAAACCACUGUCUGCAAAACUGUUGCCUGUCUUCUUCUGGAUGAUUUGGAGGUGCUGCGAGCAUGCCAGCUCACAGAAUUCCUUCUAAGCCCCUCUCGAGAGGUGUUUGACAUCCUUGAGGACCUUUACAGGCGUCCAGAUCAAAAGUAUGAUGAGGAGAGUGGUAUUAUUCCCAAUUCACUACGAUGUGAGCUCCUGCUUGCACUUAAAGCCCACUGGCCUUUUGACCCCGAGUUCUGGGACUGGAAAACCUUAAAGCGCUACUGCAUUAAGCUGCUAGGACUAGAGCCUGAGGAAGAAGAAAAUGUUGUGUUGAGUGAAGUGUCCAAUAUUCAACUGGUGGCAAAUGAAGAGGAGGAAGGUGCUGAAAAAAAGGGAGAAACUGAGAAUGAUGAAUGCUGCCAUUUUGAACAACAGGAGAAUACACAGCAUGAGGGGGAUGAAAAGAAGGCACAGCAACAGAAAUCAGCAAAGAAGGAAGUGCUUUGGACCUCUGAAAGGGCCAAAAGGUGGCAGAAGUUUAAGUUCUUCUGCCAGCUAUGCCAGAAAGAGGUAAUUGAGCCACGAUUCCUCCAUCACUCCAGAAAGCACUUGAUGAAUGAUGUGUGGACAUGUCCAGUGUGUCUGCAAAAAUUUCAUAGCAAAGAGGACCUUGUUCCACAUUCCAAAAAACACCUUCGGAUGCCUACCAGAGUGUGCCAUUUGAGAAAGAAGAAGGUUAAAAAGAAGGAGAUAAAGGAAGACAAGAAGAUGGAGUUUGAUGUUGAGACAGAAGAGGAUGACCUAAAUGACUUAGAGCCUGGCCAGAUACCUUUGGACCCAUCUUUAGUCAUGUAUUACCAGUCCACACGUGAUCCAGUUGUGUUGAAACACAUUUUGGAGCAAGCCGCCUCUGUGCCUAAAAAACAAGACGAUGAUGAUGAUUACAUCACAUUUGACUACAUUUAUAAACAUUUUAAGAUUCAGGAUCGUGAGGUUUAUCCAUGUCCUGCCAGUGACUGUUCAAAGACCUUCAAGCUUUUUAAGUACUUGGGGGUUCAUCUAAAGAACGAACACGAUGAUUCAGACCCCAACGUUAAACAUUAUUUGGAGAUGAAAGACAGACGGGAGAAGUGCACGUUCUGUCGAAGGACGUUUAUGACUGCCCAUCACCACCGGAAUCACCGCCACGUGCAUUAUGGAGACCAUCCGUAUAUGUGUGUGGUUGCAGGUUGCGGUGCACAUUUUAAUACCACCAAUGAACUCCUUGUGCACAAACACAGCCACGGCUUUCGGCUGUCUUACCACUGUGAACUUAAGGGCUGUACGCUCUCCUUCUGUGACCUGGGUCAGCUUUACCACCAUGAGGCUCAGCACUUCCGUGAUGCAGCAUACACCUGCACCUACCCAGGCUGCAAGAAGUUUUACUACUGUCGAAAGGAAUUCCUGAAGCACUUAGACACCCAUUGCAUCACCUUCACAGAAAAGGACUUUGAGGCGCAGAGGAAAGCCAAGCGGAAACUUCUGGUCACCGCUGUAGAGGAUGAUGCCAAUAGUAAAACGUCCCAAGGGUCAAAGAACGGAUUGCUUAAUGCGGCACAAAAUAAACUCUCACCCUCACAACAGCUGGAAUGCAAGUCCAAGACUUCACUGACUUGUGUUGCUGUGUGUUUUGAUGGUAACAAAUUCACCUGUGGCCUAGAGAAAUGUGGUAGGACCUUUAGAAAAGCUAGAGAGAUCCAAAAGCACUUGAAAAUUGUCCAUCCUGACCAGUUUAAAGAAGAGAGUAAGGAUUGCAAAGAACUGGAAAAGGAAAGUCCUUCGAAGGAUAUGCCCAUUAAAGACCAUAAAAAGAUCCAGCACAAAAGUCCAUGUGAGCCACCCAGUCAGGACUCCUGUCAAGAAAAGGUUCUCUUGUCAUCUGCAGAUUCAUUGCGGUGUGAAUCUGCAUCUUCCGCAAAACUCAGUUCUCAUACAGGUCAGUCAGACCUCGGUGCGCUGACUGAAAUUGUGCUAGGCCUUAGUCAGCUCAGCCUUAAUUCUGCCAUCCCUGGCAUCAUUCGACGCCAUCCUCGAAGACAUUCUUCAGGAUCUAAGGUGUCCCAGGUGACGUCUCCCACUGCUUCAAAUGUCAGGUCUCCAGCAAAAGCAACGUCUAGCAAAAGUGAAGUGGGAUCUCAACAACCACCUCCUGACUCCAAGGCGCAACUGUGGACGGCAGAACUGCCUCACAAAGCAGAAUCGUCAACUAGGCAAAAACUUGCACUUACAACUAGAGAUGGUAAUUUUGAUAAGACCCCAACAGAAAGCAAUCUGGGUUUCCCAGACAUUAGCAAGCCUUACAUUUGUGAUGUUGAUGGCUGCUGCUAUCAGAGUGUUACUAGCAAUGCACUUGUCCACCACUAUGUAACAAAGCACGGAUUUUCUAAGAAGGAUGUAAAACAAAAGGAAAUUUUUAAUCCUCUCAAGUUCAGGCCUUUUAAGUGCCAACUCUGCACCAAGGGCUACAAAGAAAGGAAAGAGCUGAAGGCACACUAUCGCCUUAAGCAUAAUGAACAUAUAGCAGAUAUCAAACAAGUAAACAGCUCUUUGAAAAGAAAGAUUGAUGAUGUUCCACCUCCUGCUGUGGAGACCACUACUAAACUAGCUAUCAAACAAAGUUCUGCAUCUUCAAAAGCAAGAGAGGUUCCUGAGGAGAAAAAAAAGGAUGUUUCCACUUGGAAAGAUGGACCUCUUAACAAAGAGAGAAAGAUUGUGUGGGUGGGAAAGAUGGAGAAAAGUGAAAAAAUCUCGAUGGAAGAAAAGAGAGCAGGAAGUAAUCACUUUUCAUCAUUGAAAAAUGGCCCAGAAGGUGAGUCUACUGAAGAUGGAGCCACACAGGAGAGGAGGGCAAGUCAACGUUUGGUGACUAAAGGGAGUAAAUGUUUGGAUGCCACAGAGGAAGACAAGUCCUACUACUGUGUGCACAGGGGCUGUGGUGCUGCAUUCAUGAAGAGGUGCAAUCUUUUGCGCCACAUGCAAAAUAUACAUCACUACAAUGCGUCCCAGGUAUGUUGGGAAGGGGGUGAUGGCAACCGUUGUAAAUACAACGGUUGUAAUAAGUUAUUCAAUCAUCUGUCUAGUCUGCAAAGGCACUACCGUAAGGAACAUCAGGUAUCAGAAGAUCCUAUUCCGAGAUUCAAGUGUACCUUUGCUAACUGCACUGCAACCUACCACCUAAGGAGCAGCCUUUUGAGACACACCAACCAAUCUCAUCAGAACCAGACUCCCCUCAAGUCUGCAUGCCCUUUUUCUAUUCCACAUUCGCUCUCCAAAUUUAGCGCUUUCAAAAAGCACAUCUUCUACAAGCGCUGUGACUUCUCUGUUCCACUCGUGGUGCGUCUACAAAGUGCUCACAAGAGAGAUGGUUCCAACAGUGGCUGCCAAAAGAAACUGAUCAUCUCCUCCACCUCUUCUCAGUCUUUAAGGGUCCCCCAGCGUUUACCUUUAAGGCAGUCUUUAAAAUGCUGCAAUGUGGGCCUUGACUCUGGUCUAGCAGAGGAGAGCUUUGAACCCAUUGACGAAGCGCCAGAAGAGGACCCACGUACAAAAUGUGUCAAACUAAAGUCCAGGAAAAGGCAGGAAGAAUUUGUCUACCGAACACCUGAGGAGGCCUUGCAGAUGUGCCAAGAUCGCUGUUUACCUGUGGCUUACCCUUGCAUGGUGCAGAAUUGUGACUCUGUGGUUUCAAGCAUGAAAAGCAUGAUUCGGCACUAUUUGCAGUGUCACAAAAUGCGGCGGACCAUGUUAGGCAUUCACCAAGACAAGCUUUUUUACACAGCUGAAAAGCUAGAAGAACUGAUACAGAAGAAGUCUGCAGUGUCUGCCUUGCCAGAUUUGACCAGAGUUCCAAAUGGGGUCCUCAGGAUGGAAUAUCAAACUGAGCCGGAGAAUCCCGGGGGCCCUUCUUUGCUGAUGAGCCUUCAUUCGAUCAAAAAUGAAACAGCGGGGCAGGAGCUGGUUGAACAAUCAAAGGAGCAACCUCCUGAGAGUAGUCUGCAGACUGUUGGGGAUGAUGUACCUUGUAGGGAAUUUAACGGGUCAGCGAGCGAGCUUCCUGACCAAGAGAGCCCAGCUCACAAAGAGCGAGCAAAAACUGUGUCUCCAGCUCCUCCCCUUGUGCCAGCUCCACCACUUGACCUUUCUCCGCCCUCUACACUUCGAAUAACUGUUGACGAUGUUUUGCUUGAGCCUUUGGGCAAAGAAAGCACACCUGCUAGUGUCCCUGCUACCAUCUGUAUUCCUGCAAACCUGACUCCAACACGGCAGCCCCUGAGGUGGAAAAAUUCUGAGCCUUCUGAACCACUUUCUGCUGCACCUCUUCUACCUGCUCAAAAAGAUCAAGUUGCACAGAGCAUCACACCAAGGUCGUUUGAUAUUGCAGCAUACAAGCCUUUGGGGUUCGAGACCUCCUUCUUGAAGUUCAUUCAAGAGAAGGAUGAGCGUCUCCGAUGUGAAAGGGUACGGACAGUGGCGGUCUUGAACACCUGCUAUAAAGCCGAUCCUCUUCAUUGCUGCGAUCCUCACAGACGCAACGGCUCAGUCAAGGAGAACAACCAGAAGAGACUCGCCAUCUCUGGUUGCAGAAGGUCACGGUCAUUACCUCUCAAGCCCUUCCUCUCCAAAGGGGAGUGCAGCUCUAUGCAGAACCUGCGCUUCAUUUUGGAAAGGGCUUUGAGGGACUGUGGUGACAAGGCUAUAAAACAGCUGCAGUUCCUGAAGCCUGUCGUAGUUCUAGAAAGACCCAAGUCUUUUACCUCCAUUCUUGAUCUCCUACCAUCUGAAACUGAAGCAUAAACUGCUGCUUGGGACUUCUCAAGGCAGAUGAGCCUUUUCCCCAUAUUUUCUUUUUCCUUUUUUCUGGCGAACUAAAAGACUUCCAAAGUAUUUUUUUAAGUGUCAUUAUUACAAUUUGAUUAUUAUUUGCCAAACUGCCAAGGACAAAUACCUUGAUUGCCAUAAAAAAUGUUUAUAUGUGUAAAUAAGAUAAAUAAAAACAUUGUAAAAGAACAAA